AGGUUCUCUUACAUUUAUAAAUCAAUAUAAUCUUGCACCCCUUACAAAAAUAAAUGUACUACUACUAACAUUUAUAACAUUAUAUUGUAUUAAAGUUUUAGCUUACUUAUCGUAUAGAGAGCUCUUCUAUUCUCUCUUAAUUAACACACGUAAAUGUCGACUGCUGCUUCUUCUUUUAACGGGUGGUGCCUCACCUCUCCCGCUCGUUCUCAAUUGAAGAACACACCCACUUUAAGGCCUACUUUCUUUGCUAACAAUAGGCUCAACCCUUCUUCUUCUGUUCCCCCUGCCCUUAUUCGGAACCAACCCGUUUUUGCUGCCCCCGCCCCUAUCAUCACACCUACUUUGAAGGAAGAUAUGGAAUACGAAGAAGCCAUUGCAGCCCUUAAGAAGCUCCUAAUUGAGAACGGCGAGCUUGAAAAUGAAGCCGCAUCAAAAGUGGCGCAGAUAACAGCUGAGUUAAAAACCGUUGAUGGCAAACCAUCAUCGGAUUACCCGGUUGAGAGAAUUAAGGAAGGGUUUAUCAAAUUCAAGAAGGAGAAAUACGAGACAAAUCCAGCACUCUAUGGUGAACUAGCUAAGGGCCAAAGCCCCAAGUUUAUGGUGUUCGCAUGCUCCGACUCCCGUGUGUGUCCUUCGCACGUUCUAGAUUUCCAACCUGGUGAGGCUUUCAUGGUUCGCAACAUCGCCAACAUGGUCCCAGCAUUUGACAAGAACAAAUAUGCUGGAGUUGGCGCGGCCAUUGAAUAUGCAGUUUUGCACCUUAAGGUGGAGAACAUUGUUGUGAUUGGACACAGUGCUUGUGGUGGAAUCAAGGGGCUUAUGUCUUUCCCUGAUGAAGGACCAACCUCAACUGACUUCAUUGAGGAUUGGGUCAAAAUCUGCUUGCCUGCCAAGCACAAGGUGUUAGCUGAGAAUGCUUCCGCACCUUUCGCUGAACAAUGCUACCAUUGUGAAAAGGAAGCUGUGAAUGUAUCACUAGGAAACUUGUUGACAUACCCCUUUGUAAGAGAUGGUUUGGUGAAGAAGACUCUAGCUUUGAAGGGUGGUUACUAUGACUUUAUCAAAGGAUCGUUCGAGCUAUGGGGGCUCGAAUACGGCCUCUCUCCUUCCCAAUCUGUUAAAGAUGUCGCCACGAUACUUCAUUGGAAGCUCUAUUAGCUUACAUAGAGAGAUGGAUUUGCAGCCAAGACGGGCAAUGGGUUAUCUUAUCUAGCUACCGUGUUGACAUGUCAUUCUGAUUCUCGUUUUGAGUGGCUCCAAACAACUCGGGAUUUUCACUCAACCAUGUAUAUGCUACUCCCUACGUUCAUAAAAGAUGAUGAAGUUUCAAAAUUUUGGCCCGUCCCAAAAA